AUGGGGACAGGCAUGGGGACACUGGGGUCACGAUGGGGCGGGGAGGGAGCAGGAAAACCCCGCGCCCGCCACUCGGUGCCAAGUUUCGCUUCUGGGAGAAGGGAAAACGAAACCGAGCGGUUCCUCGCGGUCCGGCACGGCGGGGAGGGACGGGCGGGGAGGGGACGGGAGGCGGUCACGGCGCGUUUAAAUUACCACUUCACCCGGCAGUACAACUACAAGUGCGGCUUCUGCUUCCACACGGCCAAGACCUCCUUCGUGCUGCCCCUGGAGGAGGCCAAGCGGGGGCUGGCGAUGCUCAAGGAAGCAGGAAUGGAGAAAAUCAAUUUCUCAGGAGGAGAACCAUUUCUUCAGGACAGAGGCGAAUUUGUGGGCAAACUGGUCCAGUUUUGCAAGCAGGAGUUGGAGCUCCCAAGUGUCAGCAUCGUUAGCAAUGGCAGUCUGAUCAGAAAGCUGUGGUUCGAGAAGUACGGCGAAUAUUUAGAUAUUCUGGCAAUUUCAUGUGAUAGUUUUGAUGAGGAUGUCAACGUUUUAAUUGGCCGUCGUCAAGGAAAGAAGAACCAUGUGGAAAAUCUGCAUAAACUGAGACAGUGGUGCCGAGAGUAUGCUGUUGCUUUUAAAAUAAAUUCAGUCAUCAACAGAUUUAAUGUGGAGGAAGAUAUGAAUGAGCAGAUCAAGGCACUCAACCCUGUGCGCUGGAAGGUAUUCCAGUGCCUGCUUAUCGAAGGAGAGAACAGUGGUGAGGAUGCUCUAAGGGAAGCAGAAAAAUUUGUUAUCAGUGAUGAAGACUUUGAUCGAUUCCUGGAUCGCCACAAAGAUGUCUCCUGUUUGGUACCUGAAUCUAAUCAGAAGAUGAGGGAUUCAUACCUCAUUCUGGAUGAAUAUAUGCGUUUUCUAAACUGUAGAAAUGGACGGAAAGAACCUUCCAAAUCGAUCCUGGAUGUUGGUGUAGAAGCAGCUAUAAAAUUCAGUGGAUUUGAUGAGAAGAUGUUCCUAAAAAGAGGAGGAAAGUAUGUGUGGAGUAAAGCUGAUAUGAAACUGGACUGGUGACUCAAUAUACUGAGUUAGGGCAGUGCAUUCUGUAAAAAUAGGUGUAUAUUUAUAGGUGAGUGUAUACUUGUAUCCAAAGCUUUUAACUACACUUGGUAUUUUACACAGACUGAUGUUCAGUAUAACUCUAUGUGUUAGGAACAUAUGAAUAUGAAUAUGUGUUUUUGACAUGUGAACAUAUGAAUAUGUUACGUGUUUUUUUAAGUGCAGGUUACAUUGUCUAUUAUUUUCUUGAGCAUGACCAAAUAUUUUCAGAGCUUUCACAUGAACACAUCUCUGAAAUAAACUUUCUAGUCUAUGGCACCAAGAACUUUAAGGAAAACUGUUUUUAUAAAAUACUACAUGAAUGUGCAUGCCAGAUAACAAACCAAAAAACAUCCUAAUCUCUAAUUCAUCCUAAACAGCUGUAAUGAUGGAGAAGUCAAAAUUCUUAGUAGGGAAGGCAUUCUGCUGAUUCUCAGGAAAAGAUGGAUUGCAGUUCCUGGGUAGAUCACUGGAGGGCUAGCUGGCAGGCCUCUGGAACCACUCUGCUUUUUUCAGGAGUAAUAGAAGGUCAGAAUCUAGGAAUCAUUAAAUAAAAUGUUUUUAAAAAGAAAUCAAGGUGAAAAAAUCGGCAAUUUUUCUUCUUUAAGACUGAACUGUAACAGCAUCUUCUCCCUCUCCUCUGUAUACAUACAUAUUUGCAAAAAUGUUGGGGGAUGUAAUUUUCUGUGAAAACAUAUUUUUAGUCAUGAAAAAAUAUUGUAUUCGUUCAUCCUAAAACCUAGAGAUACAUUUUACCUAAUGAUAAACAACAUCAUUUUGCACACUGGCAAUGUCCUUAGUUCUAACAAAUAUUUACAGUGAAACAUUGUUUUCGCUUUAUUACUAUAUCUAUUUCCAUUCUGCUGCAAAUAUUGAUUUACUAUUUUAAACUAUUUUUGAAUUGUGGGCAUACAGUUUGAAGAAGAUUCCUUCCAAAACUAAUUAAUACUAUGUAGAACAACCUAACAUGUAUCUUCUGUUGCAUAGUAGCUUUUUAUUUUGCUAAGCCAUGGCACUACAAACAACAAAGUUCAUAUAUCAAGCAACCUUGUUUUAAAUGUUGCUUGUGUCAGUAACUAAUUUGCUUGCUGGUUACAAACCUGCAGACAUUAAAUGGAACAAAUUUGGUUUUGUGAGAGCUACCUUUGAUUUUAAGAACAGGUAGUACCAAUAUAAAAUAGAAAAAAAAAAAAAAAUCCCCAAAACCUGAAAAAUAAUCUAAUGUGCUGCCCUCAUUUUUGGUUUUCUGGCAACUGUUAUGGCUUAUAAUUGCAGGUUUUCAAAUUUAUUUCAAAUUUAGCUAAUCCCAUCCUCCCCCUGUGUGAAGGGCAUGGGGAUAGGCAUUGCACAGAGCAGAAGUGAGAUGGCACUACUCAUUCAUCCUGUCCACUGAACUCAAUGUCUGGACUGUCUCACACAUUUAAAUAUUUGCAGCUGUUGGGAGCCAGCAUGCAUUAAUGUACCACACAGAGAAAAUUACACCUCCUUUCAUUUUUUUGAAAAUGCUAGUUGAUUUUUUUAAGAAGCUUUUGAAAUAAAUGUUUUGCAUUCACCUAAUGCAUCUUCCAAGCUGAAGGGGGAAAAUGCUUAAGUUGGAGCUGUUACUUCUGUGUAAAGGAAAGCGCUCCUCUGAAUACAAUGUGAGAAUGUUUCCAUUUAUAAUUCCCUCGGUUUCUAUCUUUGCUAUCCUAACUGUAAAUAUACUCAGUUGUGCUCUUUUGUCCCUCUGUAUUUUGCAUUUUGCAAUCACAACAUUUCCUAGACACAGACAUUUCAGUAUUUUUUUUUUCUUGUAUUAACACUAAGUGACAUUUAAAAUGUGUCCCCCACACAGUAACCCCACUGUCUUUUGGCAGCUAUUUCACUGACCUUGGCUGGAGUUCUCCUUGGCUCUAUGGGCAAUGCAAAUUUAUGUAACUGGGGUUUGACUUCCCCUGCUCAAAUAUUAAAUCUAGUCUCUUCCUCAGUACCUACACCACACUGAUAGAAAAGAAGCAUUUUUCUUUGCUGCUGGCUCAGUCCCAGCAUGGGGAAAGAUACAGUGCAUCAAUGUACCAAAAAAUCUACCACCCUGCAGCUUCUGCAGAAAAUGCCAGCUGUAGCACAGCACACAGAUAUGAGGUACACAAACUCCUGUUCAGAUCCAGAAAUCCUGCCAUUCUUUGCUUUGCAUUUUACCCUGUAAAUGGCUAUUCUUUUGCUUCCUCUGUGCCUACAGAGGAAGCUGCAAGAGAAACAAGGAGCUGAAAAUGUCAAAAUCCAGUAAAUAAUGCACAGACAUUUAGGAUGGUUUUUGUAAGAAGGUUCUAUGUUCUUACUUUCUUAAAAUGUUAGGGAUUUCACAUCACCUCGUUAUACAUACAUAGUUAACAUAAUUAACAUAAUGUUAACAUACAUAAUUUGUAAAAAGUUUCUGCUCUGUGUGAUACUCUUUUUCAAUGGAUAUAUGAGUUUGUAUACAUUGGAAAUGAAGAAUCUCACAUUCACAGUUUGAGAGUCAUUUAAGUUAAUGAAGAGCUAUUGGCAUUUUUAUAUGCAAAAUUUAUUAUUGUGUAAAACAGAAAAAAAUUGGGUACAGUUGCUUAAUCUAGUAAACUUAAAAAAAAUUUAAAAAUUAUAAGCACAGUUCAUAUUGGACCAAAAGUGGACUUUAGGUUUUCAUUAUAUGGUAGGGGCUACCCUUCAGUAUGGCACUAGAAAAAUAAACUGAAUUCAAUAGGAUUACUCCCAGGUUUAGUGAUCACAGGUAUGCCGUGAUCCUGAAAAGUUAGGAUUAAAUUUAAGUUUUAUAAGCACAGAUAUGCUUAAUUGUAUCUUUGUGUAUCGUAUCAUAUCAUGGUAUUGCAGCUCAGCACUUGCUAGAGACGCUGGACUGGGAAGGAACUGACACUGCAUUCUACUAACAUUUUACAAUUGUUUCUAUUUGGAAAAAAAAUUUAGAGAAUGAGUGUUUGGGAAGAUGACUUCUGAUAAAAUUGUGACUAUACUGUGGGUAAUGAAUAAAAUUGUCACUUAAGAUGCACUUUAGGAUGCCCUCUUUUUCAGCAUGUAGGAUGCUGAUAUAUUUGAAUGUUACAAAUAAUGAAUUUUGGAGUUAUAGUGUAAUAUAAUUAAUGCUAAGUAUUUAAUGAGUACGUUGCACCUUUCAAUAAAUGUUGGUAUUUUCCUAAA